AUAGAAUAAUGCAAGUAUACAACUGCAUGUGGAAAAAUUGCAAGUAGAUCCAAUAUUUGUUGGCCCGCCAAUCUUCUAUUUAAACCGACACCCGAUUUCCUUCUUGAAACCACGCACACACACACACACACACCAUACAACUACUAAUUAUCUAAACCUUUGGGCAAACAACAUGGGAUUCCCCAAAACCCUCCCAUUUCCAUCCUACAUUAUUCUUCUCUCGUUAUUCUCGAUCAUCGUUACUUUCUCCCAUGCCGCCACUUUCGACAUCACAAACCGAUGCGGCUACACAGUCUGGGCCGCCGCCGUCCCAGGGGGCGGACGCAGGCUCGGCCUCGGCGAGUCCUGGCAGAUCAACGUGGGCGCCGGGACGGCCGGGGCACGAAUCUGGGGCAGGACCAACUGCAACUUCGACGGCAACGGCAAUGGCCAGUGCCAGACGGGCGACUGCAACGGCCGUCUGGAGUGCCAGGGGUACGGCCAGCCCCCCAACACCCUAGCCGAGUACGCACUGAAUCAGUUCAACAACUUGGACUUCCUCGACAUCUCACUAGUGGACGGUUUCAAUAUCCCGAUGGAGUUCAGCCCGACCAGCAAUGCUUGUCGUAGCAUGAGGUGCACGGCCCCCAUCAACGAACAGUGCCCGAACGAGCUGCGGGCCCCGGGCGGAUGCAAUAACCCGUGCACCGUGUUCCGCACCAAUGAGUACUGCUGCACUAACGGCCAAGGAAGCUGUGGGCCCACAGGAUAUUCGAGGUUCUUUAAGGACAGGUGCCCCGAUGCUUAUAGCUACCCGCAGGAUGACCCGUCGAGCACUUUCACUUGCCCAGGUGGUACUAACUACAGGGUUGUCUUCUGCCCAUGAUCAACAACUACUACUAUGUUUCAUAUAUAUAAUGUCUAAAUAAAUUAUGCAAGUACACUAUAUAUAAAUAAUUCGGUUUAGAGACUGAUAUUUUGUUGUCGCUAAAUAUAAUGGAAGAGAAGUAUCGUUGGAAUAAUGUACCUUAUAUAUAUAGUUGGACUUGUUUGUAAUAAAAGUUGUUGAACUCUCUUCGAAUUGUUGGAAAUUUA